UGUGAGGACGGAUGAAAUUCAGUCGAGAGCGUCAGAGCUGGCUGAGCUCCACAGCCCACCUCACCUGGACCUCAACUGUUCCUUCAGGAAAGCUUAUUGAUUGAAAAAGAACACAGAACAACAUGCCAAUAUAUAGAUAUAGCUAGACAGAUCUCUGUUUACCUGAUGGUGAUGUAUCCUGAUGCGCACGACGUAAUAUUGGAGACGGCGAGGUGAACACGCAGCCGGUUGUCAAACCUAUAAGAGCAGCUUGGUCUUUCUCCAAAAUCUGACAUGGCCAUGUGUUAAAUGGAUUCCCUCAGCUUAAUCAAUGGCUCCUCUGGGAGCAAAGAGCUGGCCAUCGGGGAGGAUUCAUCUGACGUGACUCUGAAUCAUCAGCUGCUAGAGCUGGGAGACAGCACCAAGCUUCCCGGGGUCCAGGUGGUCCUGAUCUUGGCAUAUUCUACCAUCAUCCUUUUGGGUGUUAUUGGGAACUCCCUGGUGAUUUAUGUGGUUUACAAAUUUAAGACACUCCGUACUGUCACCAACUUCUUCAUUGCAAACCUAGCCGUGGCUGAUCUGCUCGUCAACACGUUGUGUCUCCCGUUCACGCUGGCUUACACUCUCCUCGGGGAGUGGAAGUUUGGACAAGUGCUUUGUUUCACUCUGCCGUAUGCUCAAGGUCUCGCCGUUCACGUCUCUACAAUUACAUUAAAUGUAAUUGCACUGGAUCGGCAUAGAUGCAUCGUUUAUCACCUAGACACUCGAAUGUCAAAAGACACCUGCUUUCUGGUCAUUGCCAUCACCUGGGUAGUAAGCGCUCUUCUGGCUAGCCCACUGGCCAUAUUCAGAGAGUAUGGGAUUGUAGAUCUUUCUCCAGGUGACUCCAUUGAGGUUUGUGGAGAGAAGUGGCCUGACAGUAGUACAGACAGCACUCUAUACUCAAUCUCCACGCUGCUGCUGCAGUAUGUGUUGCCUCUGGCAAUCAUCUCUUUUGCCUACAUCCGUAUCUGGAGUAAACUCCGCAAUCAUGUCAGCCCAGUUGGUCACAAUCACAGGCACCAGCGACGCCGCAAGACCACCAAGAUGCUGGUUACUAUGGUCGUGGUGUUUGCGGUCAGCUGGUUGCCUUUCCAUGCUUUCCAGCUGGCCACUGACAUUGACCACAGCGUGUUGGACAUGAAGGACUUCAGGCUUCUUUACACUGUCUUCCACAUUGUGGCCAUGUGCUCGACAUUUGCCAACCCGCUUCUCUAUGGUUGGAUGAACCGGAACUACCGCAGCGCCUUUGUUUCGGUUUUCCAUUGCAAGGAACGGCUUGAUUUGUUGCACGCCGAGGGCCAGGCUGCCACAACAGCAGUUCGCAUCAAACCAAAAAAAGCUAUAGAAGCCCAGGAUAUAGUGACAACACAUCUCAAUGCAACAGAUGUCUGAGGGGACAAAGGUGAGGAUACUGAAAGGACUCCUGAUGUCAAAUCGAAUCUGUGGAGGAUUUGUCAUGGUGCGGAACAUCCUUCUGAUUUAUGUGGUUUCCAAAUGAAGACACUUCAUACCAUCACCAGUUUCUUCAUGGUACAAAUUGCCAUGUCCAAUCUGCCUGUCAUCGUGGUGUGUCCCAUCUAUGCUGGCAGCUGGCAGAGUUUGGAAGUGCUUUGUUUCACUCUACUGUAUGCUCAAGGUGCUGUCCAUGUCCCAGUGUUAGACGAAAGUGUGCUGGUGACAACAUCACAACAAUGUGACCUAGCUAAAUUCUAUGUUAUGAACUCAGUGCCAUAAAAGAGCACAGACAAGCCUCGGAGAUCUUCUCAUCUUCAUUAAUGCAUCUUCGCCAAGAUCUAUAAGGUGGUUGAAUAUACUUAUACUUAUACUUCAUGGAUAUUUCCAGAUCUUGCAGUUUGGAUGCCUUCCUUUGGUAGGAAAGAUAAUUAUACACAAUUUUGUUCAGAAGAAGGAUCAUCAUAAUGAAACAGUUUCAGAUGUUAUCGAAUGACAAAUUUGUGCUCUCUAAUCUUUAAGCAGCCAUCAUCUCAUGUGAACUUACAGGCAGGUCAUGCAUGACUCUGGAAAGUGUUAACAACAAAUUGCUUCUCCUUUCAUCUGAAAGUAUUUUGCACAGAGGAAUAGUGUGGUGGCACUUCUUCAGACUAACAAUGGCACGAGGACAAGGAAUGUGUUUCUACCCCUGCGGUUUGAAUGUUUCAACACAAAUAUCUGCAUUAUCUCUCUAUUAAACCUUGAGGGAUGAUCUGACAUUUCAAUACUUUUCAUAUGAAAAUAUUAAGAAUGUGUUUCAUCUCAAAUACUGCUCAACAGAUUAUCUUUGACUGUACUUGACAGAUCAAAGUGGAUUGUUCACUUGCUGGUUAACUUUUAAAAAAACUUAACCCUAGUAAUGGAUUGGAAUGUGCAAAUUUGACAACAUAAAUGUGCAAGUAAAAAAACAGUAAAUGGGGGGGGGGGUGUACAGGUAAUGGAAAUGUGCUCUCUACUGUAUAUUGUUCUCUUCUGUAAAGCUGUCACAUUUCAAUCACCAUGCCGGAUGAAUGUAAUUUCAAUGUGAAAAAAAACAAAAAAAAACAAAAAAACAUCUGACACACACACACACACACACACACACAUAUAUCCACACAUAGUAAUGCCUUUGAAAAUGUCACAUGUGGACAUGAAGCAUGAAAAUAUUCUGUUGUUCCCUUUUGUUCUCCAAUUUCCUGAAGGAAAAUCGAACACAAAGUUGCUUUAAGCAAAAAGCGAUGACUUAUACAAGUUAUGGGACUGCUGAUGUAUUUCUAAUGACUCGGAUGGUAUAUGCCUGUUCAAUGUAGAACUAAAUGACUCCUUUUAACCUAAAUCAUCUGCAGGAGAUGAGAAUGUCAAGUUUAAUUAUCACUAUGGGCUUCUUUGUGGCUCCUACUUCAAGUUGGUUUGAGAAUUGUUGACUCACAGUUUAAUGCACUAGGUGUUAAUGUUCUAGGUUUAAUACUAGUUUUAUCUUGACAUGUAAAAUAAUUUUGACCAGUUCUUUGGCAAAUAAAAACAAACAAUUAUACAUAUACAAUGAAAGUCUAAGAGGCAUUGCAUGGCAUAAAUAUUUAUUCAUAUGAAAGCAACUAAACAUUCACAUGAUGUGUACCAAAAAAGGACCGUUUACAUGAAGAGCCCACUCAUAGCAAUUACAUCUGUAAUGCAUAACCAGAAAUUCAUCUGCCAAGAAAAAUCGGACAAUUAACUAACACAUAUUUUUGCACUAAAGUGCUUUAAUGACAAUAUUAAACUCAGAAUAUUAAAAUUUUACACCCCUAUGAAAUUACU